CUCCCGGUUUGAAAGUGAAAAUUUCUUCCCGUUAAACCGAAAAAACUAGAUUAACCGCAAGCCAUUGUCCCGGUGACGGAUUGUACCAGAACUUCACGGCRUUAGUUCAGCAUGGAGUCAAAGCUGCUAAAUGGCUGGCAGCAGCAGAAGGCGGAGCUGGAGGUGGAGGUGUGUCGACURCAGGAGGAUCUGGCGGAGAGCCGAGCUGAGAAGGAGGAGCUGGAGUCCAGGAGCAAAGCUCUGWCGGACAGGCUUUGCCAGACUCUGAAUCCUUCAAUGUCCCUGCUUGAUGAGGAGCAGAGGAGGUGGAAAAAGAARUUGAAGGAGGGGAGGGAGAGGGAGGCCAGACAGGCGCUGCUGAUCCACCGUCUGCAGAACAAGGUGAUCGAGUACAAGGAGCGGUGUCACCGCCUGGAUCAGCAUAUGCAGGAAAAUCACUCCAGGGUUCUGGUCUCUGAGGUCAGUCCAGAACCUCAGCGGGAUCUGUGGCAGCUCAGGGCGGAGUUUUCCAGACUCUCCUCGUCUCUCCUCUGCAGCUGCGACUCCGUCUGCUCCUCACUGAGGCUCAGCGCCCCUCAGAUCAAACCUGCCUCCUCUGACCUUCCUCCUCCAUCAUACUCAUCUCCUCCUCUGUCCUCCACUCUCAUCCWCCCUCCUCCAGACGUCUCAGGCUCUCUUCUUUGUCCCCGCUCCCCUUUUCCYCUUGGGAUAUUCACCUUAGCAGAAGAUGAGGAGGAGGAGAAGCCACUGGACUUGAAGCUCCACCGUGAAGUGGACGUGUUCCAGCUGGAGCAAAGGAUUGAGGAACUCAGUCGCUCCCUGGAGACGGCAGACAGAGCGAGGGAGGCAUCGGAGGCAGAGGCGGAGCGGCUGAGGGAAUCAGACAGGACACUGCAUUCGGUCGGUCAGGCUGUCAUCAGCAUGUUCCGGUCCCUGAGCAGGAUCGGCAACCAGACGCCGAGCGUCUCCACGGACAGCGUCCUCAGUCUGGAUCCGUCCUCCCUGCUGUCGGUUCUGUCUCAGACUGAGAGCAUGCUGCAGAGGAAACACGAGGAGCUGCAGGGGGCGGAGUUAAGUCUGCGGCGGUUCAGCGAGGAGCAAACGUCUCUGCAGCUUCGCCUGAAACAGCUGGAGGAAGAAAAACAGCAGCUGGACAUGAAAACUGGGAACAAACAGCAAGAACUGAAACACACGCUGGACUCUCUGAGCAGGGAGAAGGAGGCGUCCACCUCCCUGCGUCUGCAGGUGGAGGAGGUGCAGAUGAAAGAGGAGGAGAUGAAGAGGGAGAUCRACAGACUGAGGAGAGAGAGAGACAGAUUGGAGGAAAGAACCCGACAGCUGGAGGCAGAAAGAUACAAACGGGUGGAGGAGGAGCUUCUGGAGAAUGUCCAGCUGUCAGAGAGAGAAACUCAGCAGCGGAUUGAGAUCCACAGCCUGAAGGUGACGCUGGAGAGGGAGCAGCUGGACAGGCAGAGAGCAGAAGAAGAAGGUGCUGAUGCCAGAGAAGCCCUGCAGAAGUGCAGGGAGUCCGUGCUGCACCUCUCCUCCUCAGAGACAUUGCUGAAAAGGGAGGUUCAGGAGACGCGGGACGCCCUGGAAAAAAUGUCGGCUCUGAACUCGUCUCUGGCCACAGACAAACGAGAUCUGAACAUGCAGCUGCUGAAGCUGGAGACAGAGCUGUCAGACACCCAAUCACAGCUGCAGACUCUGAGGUCAGAGGUCAGCGGUCUGCAGAGAGACAUUAAAAGUCUGAGGAGUGAGUGCAGCCUCCUGAGAGUUCAGUCGGAGACGGACGCUGACGUCAUCCAUCAGCUGAAGGAGCGACGCUCACACCUGGAGAGAAACUUGGAGGAGACGGAGAAGGAGCUGGCCUCCCUGGAGGAGGAGAAGAAGAUCACAGAUCAGCAGCUGGACGAGUUAUCCUCCCAGCACAUCCUGGUACGUAAGAUACUAAAGGAGCUGCAGGAACAGCUGUGGAACUCAGAGGGGCAGCUGAAUCAGACGGAGAGGCAGAAGGAGGAGCUGCAGAGAGAAAGCAAGAAGCUGCAGGAGGAACAGGAAGUUCAGAGGAGAUACAAGGAGCAGCUGGAGGAGGAGUUACAGGAGCUGAGGUCCGUGUCGGUGAACCUCCACCUGAAGCUCCGCCUGCAGCAGCAGCAGCUCUCCCAGUCUGAGGUGGACAGAUGUCAGCAGAACACACACAUCUGUACACUGCAGCAGGCCAAAGCCAUCUUGCAGGGUGAGAUCGAGUGUCUGAGAGGAGAACUGCAGCGAGAGACGGCAAGAAGAGAAGAUGAGAGGGAGAAAAGGGAAAGAAUGCUGGAGGAAACGAAAGAGUUGAAAGUAGAAAUGGAGAGGCUGACGGAGGAGGUGAAGGAGCUGCAGACCAGGAGGAUGGAGGAAGACGCCAAGAGGAAGGAGGAAGAGGAGUCGUGGCAGAGAGAAAGAGAAGUUCUGAACAAAGAGCUCGGCAUGAGAGAUGGAGAGGUGGAGGCCCUGAGGAGGCGCGCCGAGGGACUGAUGGAGGAGGUGGAGGAGAGGCAGAGAGAGGUGGAGAAACUGAGGGAGGAGGUGGCUGAGGGAGAGACUGAGAUCAGCUUCACGAUGGAGAGACUGCAGAGAGUAGAGGUAGAGAAGGACAAACUGGAGGAGCAAGCAAAGAGGAACGAGGUCAGUCUAGAAGAGGAGGAGGUGAAGAGGAAAGAGGAGGAGAACCAGAGGGAUUUAGAGACGGAGGCUCUGUGCGAACGGAUCGAGAAGCUGGAAACAGAACAGAAAACAAUGGAGGAAGAGCUCCGUCAGCUGAGGAGAGAGGAGGAGGAGAGGCGGACAGAGAGAGCUGUGGCAGAUGAGGAAAUCAGAAGGCUGAGAAAAGAAAUCUCCUUUUUACAGGGGGAGGAGUGGAGACGGAGGGAGAAACAGCAGGAGGAGAAGGAGGAGCUGGAGGAGCAGCUGAAAGAGAAAGUUGGGGAGGUGGAGCUCCUGAAGGUCAGGCUGAACGUGGCUCAGGAGGAGUAUGAAGAGAUGAGGGAGGAGGUGGAGAAGAGGGAGCGCGGCCUGGAGCGACAGAUCAGUGCCGUUAGGGACCGAGAGGAGGAGGUGGAGGAGCUGAAGGAGAGCCUGAGGUUGACUGAGGAGCAGAAGGAAGAAGGAGAACGGGAGCGGCAGGCGGUCUGCCACAAACUGAAGCAGAAGGAGGCGCAGGAGGAGCAGCUGGAGGCUCUGCUGACAGAGACUCAGGUGCUCCUCGAAAAGGAGAAACAAGAAAGAGGAGAAAAAGAGGAAACAAUAACCUCCCUGGUCAAGGAGCUGCAGGAGGCUCAGGCUGAGAGAGAGGGAGCAAAUAAGAGGGUCAGAGAGAAGGAGGAGGUCUGUGAGCAGCUGCAGGAGGAGGUCAGGAUGUGGGAGCAGACAUUAGAGCACCGUGAUAAGGAGGUGAAAAGGCUCCAGAAAAUCAAUAAUGAGCUACAAGAGGCGGUGCAGAAGCUGACAGGAGUGUUAGAGGAGAGAGAGGAGGAGUGGAAGGAGAAGGGAGAUGCGAGGGUGAAAGAGGAGAAAAAGCUCAACAAGGUCAUAAAAGGGCAACAAGAGGAGGUGCAACAGCUAAAGGCUGCACUGGAGGAGAAGGAGGAGGAGGUGAGGGAGUGGAAGGAGAAGGCAGAGCUGAGUGGGAAGGAGGAGAAAAAACUCACUAAGAUAGUUAAGGAGAGAGCAGAGGAGGUGAAGCAGCUGAGGGCCACACAGGAGGAUUUGGAGGAGCUGAAGGAGAGCCUGAGGCAGACUGAGAAGGAGAAGGAGGAAGGAGAACGGGAGCGGCAGGCGGUCUGUCACAAACUGAAAGAGAAGGAGGUGCAGGAGGAGCAGCUGGGGGCUCUGCUGAUAGAAACUCAGGUGCUCCUCGAGAAGGAGAAAGGAGAAAAAGAGAAAAUGAUCUCCUCCCACAGCAAGGAGCUGCAGGAGGCUCAAGCCAAUAAAGAGGGAGCGAAUAAGAAGGUCAGAGAGAAGGAGGAGGCCUGCGAGAGGCUGCAGGAGGAGCUGAGGAGGUGGCAGCAGACAGGAGAGCUCAGUGAUAAGGAGGUGAAAAAGCUGCAGAAGAUCAAUAAGGAGCUACAAGAGAUGGUGCAGGAGCUGACGGUCACACUAGAGGAGAGAGAGGAGGAGUGGAAGGAGAAGGCAGAGGCAAGCUCCAAGGACGAGAGAAAGCUCUACAGGGUCAUCAAGGAGCGACAAGAGGAGGUGCAGGAGAUGAAGGCAGCGCUGGAGGAGAAGGAGGAGGAGGUGAGGGAGUGGAAGGAGAAGGCAGACAUGAGUGUAAAGGAGCAGAAAAAACUCAACAAAGUUGUUAAAGAUAGAGUAGAGGAGGUGAAGCAACUGAGAGCAACACUGGAGGAGAGGGAGGAAGAGGUGAGAGAGGGGGAGAGGUGCAGAAGGAUUGAGGAGGAGAAGAGCAGGAGGAAUGAGGAGAAGGUGAGGGAGGUGGAGCAGCAACUGGAGAAAGAGAAGGAGGUGCUGAGCACAGUGAGGGAGGAGAGGAGGAGGUUAGAGGAUAGACUGGAAGCAAAGGAGAAGGAGSAAGAAGGGAAGCUAAAAGAAAUGGAGGAACAGAGUAAUGUUCUAAGAAUGAAAGAGGAGAAACUGAGAAGACUGGAGGAGGAGCUGAGGGAGGUGAAAGAGGAGCAAAAGGCGCAACAGUUAGCUGAGRAAGAGCUUCAUCUGGAGGCGGAGAGGAGGAGAUCCAGACUGAGAGAGCUGGAGGAGGAGAAGGCAGGACUGCUGGAGGAGCUGCAGAGUAAGGAGAUGGAGGUGACAGGUCUUACAGAGGAGGUGCAGAGGAAGACAGAGGAGCUAUCUGAGCUCAGAGAGGAGGUCCAAAGAAAACAAAUAGAGAAGGAGGAGGAGCUGAGAUCAAGAGAGGAGGAGUGGAGGUCAAAUGAGCUGAUGAGUAUCAAGAAGGCACAAGAGGAGGAGAGGCACAUGGAGGAGCUGAUUAAGAGUAAAAGGGAGGUGUCUAAACUGAAAGAAGAUCUGUAUAAAGAGCAAAGAGAAAAGGAAGAGAAGCAGGAGCAGCUGAGGAGCUUUGAAAAGGAUAUGGCCGCUCUGAGAGAGGAGAUGCAGAGGGAGAGGAGACGGGAAAAGGAGGAGAGGAGACUGAUGGAAAAAGAGCAGGAGGCGGCACAUGAAGCAACGCGGGAGGAGCUUAGAAGGAGGGAGGAGGAAUGGAUGUCAAAUGAGUUGAUGAUCAACCAAAUGGCGCAGGCGGAGAGGAGACAGAUGGAGGAGGUACUAGAGGAGCUGAUAAGUAGCAAAAGGGAGGUGUCUGCACUGAGAGACGAGAUGAAUAAGGAGCAAGGAGAAAAUCAGGAGAAACUGAGGACGUUUGAGGAGGAGGUGUCAAUUCUCAGAGAGGAGGUGAUUAGAGAGAAGGAGGAGAAGCAGGAGAAGCUCCGAAUAUUUGAGAAGGAGGUGUCUGAACUCAAAGAGGAGCUGGUGAAGGAGCUCCAGGAAGGGGAGAAAAUCCGAGAUGAACURAUGAAGAGGAAGGAGGAGGUGGAGGAAGAGGUCAGGACGACCAAGGAUGCAUUAAAAGUCAUCACUGAGGACAUGAAAAAGGAGAAGGAGGAGAUGAAGGAGAAGUUAACAAGGACAGAGAUGGAGGUGGGGACUGUAAAGGAGGCCCACAAGAGGAGUGAAGAGGAGGUGUCGCUGCUCAAAGAGAAGCUCCAGAAGGAGCAGCAGGAGAAGCUGGAGAUGCAAGAGAAGCUGAAGAAAAGUAGAGAAGACAUCUUGGAUCUUAAAGAGGAAGCAAAGAAGGAGCACCUGGGGAGGGAGGAGGCGCAGGAGGAAUUGAGAAGUGUUCAGCGGAACGUGGAGGUGAAGGAGGAGAGCCUGAGCUCCCUGCGGAGUCAGGUGUGGAAUCUGAGCCUGAGCCAGGAACAAGUUCGGAAGGAGUUGAAGGAGAAGGAGGAGCAGAACCAGGAGCUGAAGGAUGGGCUUAGGGUGGCCCUGAAGGAGAUCUCCCAGCUGGAGGCUCUCCUGAAGGAGAACCACGCUGAGGGGGAACGUCUGAAGACCGCCCUGAUGGAGAUGAAGAAGGAGAUGGACAGAGUCAGAGAGGAGAGUCAGAAGGCGGCCAUUGAGGAGCUGGAUAAGCAAGGAGAGCUGGAGGAGCUGCGAGCCAAAGUUAAGAGCCUGAAGAGGAGAAAAAGUGAGAUGUUAGAGGAGCUGGACAACGCAGAGAAGAGGAGGAAGGAGGCUGAGAAGAAGUGGAAGACUCGAGUGGAAGAGGUGGAGAAAGAGCAGGUGGUGAAGCUGAACGCUCUCAAUACAGAAGUCCARAUACUGCGGAGGAAACAGGAGGAGGUGGAAACAGAKUGGAGGUCCAGGGUGGAAAAGAAGGAGGUGGAGAUAGAGAAAGCGAGAAUGGAGGUGCAAGAGAGCCAAACAGAGCUGAACAAGUGCAAAGCCUUGACAGAGGAGCAGAAGAAUCAGCUCUACAUACUGACUCAGAGCAACAAGCAGCUGGAGGCAGACAGGGACCGGGUCCGAAUGGCCCUGGAGCGGACAGAGUCAGCCAUGAUUGGCUACAGGGAGAGAGUGCACCAACAGGAGCAGAACCCGGGGGCGGGUCCUCACUCAGAGGAGAGUGACAGACUGUUGGUCCUGCAGCACCAGGUGGCUGAACUGGAGCUGAACCAAAAACGGAUGGACAAGAAGAAUUCCCGUCUGGAAAGCCUGAAAGACAAGCUGAAGAAAGACAGAAGUGUCCUCAAAGACACGUUGAAACAGGUGGAGGAGGAACGAUCGAGGCUCCAGCAGCAGCUUUCACUCAGCUCCAGGACUCAGGCGAGACAGUCAUCUGAGAACACCUCUGACGUAGASCGCACCGUGAGGGAGCUAGAGGACCAGGUGAAUCGUCUCCGCAUCUCGCUGGCGGUGGAGCAGGAGCAGAAGGCGGAGUUUAUUGAGCAGUCRUCCAGAAACAGCGAAUGGCUGCUCUCGAUGAGGCAKGACCUGAACGAUUCGCUGGCCGCCGUCUCACGCCGUCCAAUCCCAGCAGUCCUGGAGUCUGAGACGCAGCGAUUGGACCGCAGCUUGAAGGAGGAGGACCUUAGGUUGUCUCUGAGCCAAUCAUAGCACACGACCAAAAAGACUUCRUAUAUGAGCAGCUUAGAUUUCUGAUUGGACAGAUUCUGCCUACAGUGAGUCGUCAUUUAACGUUGACCAAUCAGACGAGACCAAAACAUUACAUCUAACGAACUCUCACCUGAAUACUUGUUGGGAUUUUUUUUGUUUUGUUUAUUUUAAAUGUUAUUUAUUUUUUUGUAAGCAGCUCAAUAAACCAAAGGUUUUAUAAGUGAG